AUGACGCUACUGAACGCUACGGUGGUCACUCUCAUCAACAGAGCGGAAGGUUCCAUCGCUUCGUCGUCUUCGUCUUCGUCAUCGUCUGCUUCUUGUUAUCGUUCGAGUCGGAAGGCGACGAUGUUGCGUACUAAGCGCGCGCAGGUUUUGCGGCGAAUCAAUGUGACGGCGACGAAAAGCGCAAAAACUCCCCCCUAUCGACAGGUUGCUCCUGCGGCGGCGAUGAUGAUGAAAGCGACCGUGCGAACGCGAGGCAUCGUCAUCGCCUCGACGCGCAAUUAUCGAAGGGUGGGGUUGACUACCGUCGCCGCCGCUGCUGCUGGGGUGUCGCCGGGGAAAAAACACGGCGAUUUGCCUAAAAAUUUCGAGCACACGGACGUGGAGGAACCUUUAUAUAAAAGAUGGGAACAGUCCGGCGCGUUUAAACCGAAACCGAACGACGAGAAGGAACCGUUUACGAUUCCGAUGCCACCACCGAACGUGACUGGAGCGUUACACAUGGGUCACGCGAUGUUUGUGACGAUUCAAGACGUGAUGAGUCGAUCGAUGCGGAUGCGAGGACAUCCGACGUUGUGGUUGCCGGGGACGGAUCACGCUGGGAUCGCGACGCAGCUUGUCGUGGAGAGGCAACUGGAAAGCGAAGGUCUGUCGAGGAUUGGUGUUGGGAGAGAGGAGUUCGAGAAGAGAACGUGGAAGUGGAAGAAAGAGUACGGGGAUAGGAUUCAAAAUCAGAUUAAACGUUUAGGCGCGAGUUGCGACUGGAGUCGCGAGCGAUUCACCUUGGACGAUAACUUAAGCGAAGGCGUUUUGGAAGCGUUCAGUCGAUUACACGAACAAAAAUUGAUUUACAGAGGGUCGUACAUGGUGAACUGGGCGCCAAAAUUACAAACAGCGGUGUCGGAUUUAGAGGUGGAGUAUAGCGAUGAACCCGGAUUUUUGUUUCACUUCAAGUACCCGUUGGAAGGAUACGAGGAGGAUAACACGAAGUUUUUACCGGUUGCCACGACGAGACCGGAAACGAUCGUCGGGGAUACCGCCGUGGCCGUGCACCCAGAAGAUCCGAGAUAUAAGGAUUUCGUCGGCAAAUUCUGCGUCGUUCCUGGAACGAACGGGAGGAAAAUUCCAGUCAUCGCUGACGACUACGUCGACAUGGAAUUCGGUACGGGCGCGUUGAAAAUUACGCCGGCGCACGACCCGAACGAUUACGACAUGGGUAAAAAACGCGAUUUGGAAUUUAUCAACAUCAUGAACAAAGACGGGACGAUGAGUGCGAACGCGCAAGCGUACGCUGGUUUAGAUCGCGCCGAGUGCCGCGUGAAAAUAUGGGAAGAUUUGGAAAAAGAUGGCUUGGCGAUUAAGAAGGAAGAUUACGAAACGAGAGUGCCGCGAUCGCAAAGAGGCGGCGAGGUCAUCGAACCCAUGGUGUCCGAGCAGUGGUUUUGCAAGAUGGAAACUAUGUCCACGCCAGCGCUGAACGCCUUGAAAACAGGCGAGUUGACGAUUGUCCCUAAACGUUUCGAGAAAGUUUACGAGACCUGGCUGAGCGAUUGCAAGGAUUGGUGCAUCUCCAGACAAUUGUGGUGGGGUCAUCGCAUCCCGGUGUGGUACGUUCACGAUAGCAUAGAAGAUUUACAGAAUGCAAAGAAAGGCGAAGGUAAAGGCGCGUCGAAGAAGUACGUCGUGGCGAAGAACGACAAAGAUGCACGAGCCCAAGCCGAGGCGAAAUACGGCGAGGAGAUUAUUUUGUACCGAGACGAAGACGUGUUGGACACGUGGUUUUCGAGCGGUUUGUGGCCGUUUUCAACCAUGGGUUGGCCAGAUGAAAACGCUCCAGAUUUCAGGAAGUAUUUUCCAGGGUCUGUGUUGGAAACUGGACACGAUAUUUUGUUCUUUUGGGUGGCGAGAAUGAUCAUGAUGUCCUACGGCAUGACGGGUAAGUUGCCGUUUCACACGGUGUAUUUACACGGUUUAGUUCGAGACGAACAAGGAAGAAAGAUGUCGAAAUCGUUAGGCAACGUCGUCGACCCGUUGGGAGUUAUCGGUGACGUCGGAUGCGACGCUUUACGAUUCACCUUGGCGACUGGUACCAGUCCCGGACAAGACUUGAACUUGAGUUUGGAACGAUUGAAGAGCAACAGAAAUUUCACGAACAAAGUUUGGAACGCCGGUAAAUUCGUCUUGUUCGCCAUGGAAGAAUUGAGCGACGACGAGCGCAUAGAGAUUCAAAAAAUGUCCGAAACGAUUGCAUCUUCGGAUACUUCGUCCUUAUCGCUUUCCGAGCGAUGGAUCAUCUCCAAAUUGCACCAAACCGUCGAUCAAGUGACGAAAUCUUUGGACAAGUACGAUUUCGGCAUCGCCGGUCGCAACGCCUACGGGUUCUUCUACGAUGAUUUCGCGGAUUGGUUCAUCGAGUCUAUUAAAACUAAAUUCAACAACAAAGACGAUCCAGAAGGGAAGAAACGCGCGUUGGCGGUAACUUUAUACGCGUGCGAUAGCAUUUUGAGACUGUUACACCCGUUUGUACCUUACGUCACGGAGGAGAUUUGGCAGGCGUUGCCGCAUUCGGGCGAUUUGUUAAUCUCGCAAUCGUGGCCGGAAACCGACCAGAAGAAAGAUGAUGCCGCGGAACAAUCGUACGAAACACUGAGAAGUGUCGUCACAAAAAUUCGAAACGCGCGAGCAGAAUACAACGUCGAACCGGCGAAGAAAAUAGAAAAUUGCACGAUUGUCGUUAAAGAUUCCUCGGCGUUGCUUUCCGAUUUGCAAAGCGAAGUGGCCGUCUUGUGCUCGUUGGCGAGAUUAGACCCGGCGUCGACCACGGUCGCGUCUUCAGCUCCUGCCGAUUGCGAGCAAAACCCGUCCGAUUACGUCAACGCCAUCGUCGCCGAUGGCGUGGAAGUAUUCUUAUCCUUAGCCGGCUUAGCGGAUCCAGCGAAAGAGUCUAAACGGUUGAAGAAACAAGCCGAAAAGUUGGAAAAAGAUUUGAACGGUUUGAACGGACGAUUGAACUCGGAGGCUUUCUUGAGCAAAGCUCGACCGGAUGUGGUGGAAAAGGCGCAAGCUGAGGCGAAAGAGUUGAGGGAACAGUUAGCCGCGGUUCAGGCUCGAUUAAAAGUUAUGACAGAUCUAUUAGCGACAACCGCAUCCAAAUAA